AUGAGGGCUCCCAGUAUCCUCCGAGGUUCCACUGCUCAACCCGGUGGAAUGGAAGUUGGGCAGUGGUUCGCAAACCACGAGACCGACACGGAGGAUAAGGAGCCGGUGAGGAAGGACCUCAUCAAGCUCGGCAAGGACCUCUCAUGGCGCACGGUCUGUGCCCAAGCUCAUGAGCAGGAGCUGGAAGAGCUGAUAAAGAAGCAUGGGAACGGGAGGGAGAAGGACACAAAGCUGUAUCCGUCGAUCUACCAGACUGCGCUGAAGGAGCUCUGCGACGGAAUUCGCCCCCUGGACGAGGCGAAGUACCGGAAGACCGCCGCCAAGUACAACGCCACCGUGUGGCCAAGGGAGUACCAGUACAAGCACCUUGCCAGGCACGGCAACGGGAUGGUGUCCGAGUUUGUUCAGCUGAUGUGGAGGAAGUGUGGGGUGAGGGUGUUUGUGCUCGGGGCGUACUUGAGAGAGGACGGACAGACGGGGAACAUGCAAUGGGACUAUAACAAUGUGUAUCCUCGCAGCGGACCAGGCACCGAGCCGCCAAAUUUUAUCCAGGUCUUCAAGGAUUUCCGGCGGGGCAACACGUACGAGAUGUGGAAGAAGUACGCCGAGGACACAUUCAACGCCAACAGGUUUGAAGGCGAGGAGAGUAUCGUCCCAUCGAAACUGAUUGACCGCAUCGAGUGGAAGUUCGACGAUGACGGGUAUCCCAUCCUGCCGCCGGCCGAUCACGAGUGCUUCAAAAAGACCAAUCACAAGUGUAUGUUCCUGAGUACGUUUGUCCGAAUGACAUACGCUCAUUACACCCGGCGCGAGAACAUCAGGGUGCCGUGGCAGUCCCUGUCGGAGAAGUCGGAGGAGUUCUUCAAGGACGGCUAUCUGCCGGCCGGCGUUGUUCUCAGCGACCCGAACAAGAUCCGCGCUGGAGACCUCGAUGUGGUCCUUUGCCACUGGCGUGUGAGGCAGGAUGCCGACGACGGAGAACCUGUGCUCCGCUUCAAGGCUUGGAGGAACACGGCGAAACAGAUCGUGGAGGUCAAGGACGAGGAGGAAAGGGUGAGCUCACCAUCCCCGGCGCCCGAGCCUAAGCGGAAGCCCCAACCUAAGCCGAGACGCCGCCGUGCUUCCCCGGCCGCCCGACGUGCCUCUCGCCUAGCCAAGUCAGACACGCCGGUGGACUCCUCGGACGACCGGGAGGCCUCGAGUGUAGACUCUGAUGCUGUGGGCCAUGGGUCGUUGUUCGAACCCGCAAAGGACCUCGAUGGUGCCUCCAGUGACGAGGAGAGCGAUGACGAGGACUCUGAUCACGCCCCCGAGGAGGUCAUGGUGGCCCGACCGAGCAAGGGCAAGGGCCGGGCGGUGAUCGCUGCCUCCAGUGACAAAGACGACAAGGAGGCUGUCCCGACGCAGCCGAAGACGAAGGAAGGCCGAGGAGGAGGUCCAGCUAAGGGGGCUCAGAAGAAAGGUGGACAGUCGUCGGCCGGCGCAUCACGCAACGAGGCCGCCGGUGACCAGCCGGUGGUUAGCACGGAGUCGGCCGAGCAGUCGGCCAAGCCAAAGUCCGGCGGUCGUGUGUCCAAGAAGAACCGUGACACCGUGGCCGAGGGUAACGACGAAGACGCGGGUGAAGAGGGCGAUGUCCCGGUGCAAGCCCCGGCCCCCGCAAAAGCACCGAAGCCAGCCACGGCGAAGAAGUCUACCACGGCCCGCCCAAAGCAGUCAACCAAGAGUGACAGCGACGCCGAGGACAACGAGGAAGCUGAUGCGCCAGCUGCCGGCCCGCCAAAGAAGAAGAACGCCGCCGCCGAGCCGAGCGGUAGCAAGCCCGGCCCACGCAUUCAGAAGGGCAGUCCGGCGAAGGUCGCCUCGGAUGUGGAUGCCCGGCGCAAGUUCUUGCAGGUUCUCUGCGGCGACGACGAGAUUGGCAGGAUGGUGAAGGCUGCUCUGAAGCUUCCUGACGCGGGCACUUGGCGCUCGACAACAAAGUGGGAGUGGGCCAGCUGGUCGUACCGCCGAGCAACGUGCCCCUGCUCCAUCCACGAGGACAAGAAGGAACUGACACAGUUCCACCGAUGGCUCACCACGAUGGAGUCGUCGCUCGGCGAGAACGUCAUGGCGCGCGAUGACGGUCUGCUGGUAACACCGGCUGUGG